ACGUCUAGUACAAAAUCGAGAGAGCGAAACUUGUAAUAUACGGAGCGGACGAAUAUAAUAUUGCACGACGCUGCGUGGAGAAACGCGCGAUUCAACAUCGCUGUUCUCUACGUGCGUGUAUGCUUAACAACGUAUAGUCGUGUGUGUGCCUUCGUGCGCGAGUACCGCAGUGAGUGCACGAAAUUGGUCUGAAUCCGCGACGAGAGACACGCACGCGAGCGCAGGAGAAGACGAAGAGUAGUAGUCACGUUGAUACGCUUAUUGUCAGGCAGGACUGGGAGCGAGCCGCGGUUCUGCGUGUGAGAAAGAGAGGAGAGGCGCGUUGCUGUUCGUGUGGAGAAAGGAGCCACUCCGUAGAAUCUCCUCGCACUCCCCUCCGACACAUACUGCACAAGGUGUCGAAGGCACGUCGCCGCGUGUGUUCGACCGAAUUUCGCGGCCCCUUGAGCGCAAGCGAGACGAAUGCGCGACAAGUGAGGGAGAGUGAGCGAGAGAGAGAGAAAAAAAAGAGAGGUAGGCGCACAAAAGAGAUAUAUAGGCGCGAUCAAAGGCGAUAGACAAGGACACCCUGGCAGCGUGAAAAGGGGCGACACAGAGGCGAGGGCGUGGAAGGGAGACGGAAAAAGCAGCGAUCGAGUGGGAGAGAUAGCGACGAUUCGAGGAGGAUCGUCAGGAAGAGAGAGAGAGAGAGAAAGAGAGAGAGUGCGCGACGAACAUAUUCCUGUGUGGCGAGCGUGCUAGAGUAGAGCGACGUGAGGGGAUAGCGGAGACGACGGAGCACGGCAUUUUGUGGUGGGAGCGAGGCGCAGUCAGGAGAGGAGGGAGAGAUAGAGGCGCAACCCGAGCAGUGCUGCCGCCUAUUGGCAACGUCGCGUCGCGGCCUCCCCACCCGGGCCAGUGUCGAGCGAGGUCCGAUCGAGAGUUCUCUUACGACAGUGUGAUUUUCUCUCGAAGAGUCGUGCGCGCAGUGCAGUUGGAAACGGUUCGUUUUUAUACACCCGAGGACGUUCGCCGGAUCUCUCCGGACGCGCGCGGGAGAGGGAGGAAAAGGAAGAAGGGGAAGCAGAUCCUGUAAAAAAAAAGAAAAUUGUAGAGAGAGAGAGAGUCCCGUAACGCGUUCUCCCACCACCGUCAUCGAUUUCCCACGCGACGCGCUUACUCGCGCCGCACUGGUGAGGGAAUUCGCGAGGGUGAAGUAGGAUUCCUCGGCAAAGAGCAGACGAGACGCGGCAACGCCGCCCGUGGCAGCGGCGGAGGCGGCGGUGGUAACCAGCAGCCAGCGGCGCGGCGGCAGCAGCAACGGGAACGGCGGACUCGCUUUACAGAACAGCGGCAGUAGGCGGCGCUGGUGCUGCGCUCCGACGGCCGUCGAUCGAGGCCCGCGUUAUCGCAAUGGCUUCCGUGAAAGACACAGCGACUUUCUUCGCGGAGGGCACCGCAACACAGUUCGAUCAUGUUCUCAAACUUUAUCCGCAAGCGUUGCGCCUCAAGGCUGAUCGCAAAUCGAAAAAGCCCGAGGAGCUGAUCAAACUAGACAAUUGGGAUCAGAAUGAGCUUCCGAAGAAGAUCAAAUCACGCGGCAAGGAUGCGCAUCUCAAUCACGAGGAGCUAGUGCAGACCAUGAAAUGGAAGCAAAUACGCGGCAAGUUCUACCCACAGUUAUCCUACCUGGUGAAGGUGAACACUCCGCGUGCCGUGAUGGCAGAGACGAAGAAAGCGUUCAAGAAGCUCCCGAAUCUUGAGCAGGCGAUCACGGCGCUAUCGAAUCUGAAGGGCGUCGGUACCACGAUGGCGUCGGCCCUACUCGCUGCGGCAUCGCCGGAGAACGCGCCCUUCAUGGCGGACGAGUGCCUGAUGGCGAUACCGGAGAUCGAGGGUAUCGAUUACACCACUAAGGAAUACUUAAACUUCGUCCAGCACAUUCAGAACACCGUUGAGAGGCUGAACAAACAGACGUCAAAUGGCAAGACAUGGAGUCCUCAUAGAGUCGAACUGGCGCUGUGGACGCACUACGUGGCGUCUGAACUGAAACCGGAGCUGCUCGAUGGCAUCCCAGGCUCGACGGAGAACGGCAACUCGCACGGCGCCAGUAACGGCGAAGCGACAGAGCCAUCGGACGAUAGUAAUCAGGAGACGGUGGCGAAUGGCAAAGACACGCCGGCGGCGCUUGAUCCGGCAGCGAUCGACGAGAACAGCACGACGACGUCUUUCACCGAGGACUCGUUGGACAAACCGGCGACGCCAAUCACCGCCGGCGAUCAUCCCAUCGUGGGCGAUCAUCCUAGCGAGGACACAAACGAUUCCCUCAUUACCAACGACAGCAGCAACAACGCGACGCCACGACCUACCGAUAGCGAAGAUACCGAGGAGGACUCGCAGGACGCGCAAGACACGCAGGAGCCGCCCACCAAGAAGAACAAGAAGUGACCCGAUCGGCUCGGUGACGCGACGAGCAACAACGUCAGCACUUUCGUACCCGCCAGAAGUCUGUCGAUCAUCGCGGCACCGCGUCGUCGAUUCUGAAUCGAACGGAUGAUGGACCGACGAACGUAAGGACGACGGACGGACGGACGGACAAACGAACGGAUGGACGGACGGAUAGGUAGUAUAGAGAUGGAUGCACGGACGGACGGACGGACGCGAAUGAAUGGAUGAGAAUUAUUGUAUUGCGCGAUUGCUUGGACGGAGCACAGCCGGCUCGCUUCAUCCUCGACUCUUGCGGAAAAGGAGAGGGAAGGAGCGAGGAAAAAAGAAAGAAGCGGAUUCGCAGGAUCCCGCUGAUUCCGAAAUGAAUCUUGAGAGCCUCGAAUCCUCUCGUAUUCCGUUUCUCUCCCCUUUCGUAUCCCUUCCGCAUCUCGCCCACGGUCUCAUUAUAUAUCGUUUCUUUAUGCUCCUCCCGUGUUCUGCUAACGAUUUUUACCGAGUGACCGACGAGUCCGCACGAUCUUCGUCAACGUCAGACGAUACAGUUGGAUCCUCGCCGUUAUUGUUGUUGUUCGGACAAUCUCGCGCGCGUUCACGAAACGUCAAUAAAAGUUUUGCACCACCUUUUGAUUAUGGAUCUCCUGUAUAAAAUAUAUGUUGGAGCGGACGAGGAAACGUGAAAGCAUAUACUCAGUGUUAUUAGAAAUAAAGAACCUUUCAUGAAUCUAAUGAUAAGCCUUUGUAUCCCUGGCACUCUUGAAGGGUUUCUACUUGCCUUUUUUUUUAUUCAUUUCUUCGAUCGAUGUGUCUGAAGCGUCUCACAUUUGUACAACACUAUAAAUUUUUGUUUUCGAAUUAUGAACUUUGGAUUUUUAUAAUUUUAGAAAAUUAAAGACUUGAGCGGAAGCUUUCGGAUUUCAUUUUUUUUUUUAUUGGUAAUUUACUUGAAAUUAUGUGUUUCAUAAAAUUGAACUGGUUUUGCCAAUAAUUUUUCUUUCUUUUUUUCCAAUUAUUUAUGUUGCAUGGAUCGAAUUGUCAAAUCUUCGAAUACUCGAACUCGCCACUUCUUCCACGGCUCCUCGAUUGCCGCUCUUCAAUGCAAACACAACUGAAACUGCCGUUCUACAAACAAGAAGAUGAUGCAAAACUUUCUUGAUAACACAUCCUUUUCGUCCAUUUUUCAAUCCACCAAUUCCCAUUCGCUCGACGUCACAUGUCGUAAAUAACUAAGAGAGACUUUCUCAUGACAUUCUAUUUAACAUCGUUGGACUUUUUUUUUAUCAAGAGUUUCCACAAAAUAUUCGCCACACUUAUUUUAUUUAUCCCUCUCCUCACCCCCGAGGUCAAUUAUCCGAUAGAUCUCGCGAGCGAAUAUAAAGCGAUGUUGCAUGUUUACGCAUAAAUGGCCGUGAACUUUAUGAAUAGAACGCGUAAAACCGUGACUUCGUACGCGAUGUUUAUAUGCAAAUGCAUAUGCAAUAAGAAACAGAGAUAUACCUUUUUUAUUUUCCAUCCACUGCGAGGCUGCAUAAAAUGCGACACCGAAAGGAUUUUUAUGCGUGUAAAUGUUCAGCAUCGGCACGAAGCUUCGCGAGUCCCCUCAGAAGAUCUGAGUUCCUUGUAUCCUAAACACUUUAAAGAAGGCAGCUUUCAGUUUUCCCUUAAUGUGUUAGAAAAUGUUCGCGACAAUUAAAUUUCCGUAUCCCUAAAUCCCUGCAAUCCUUUAGAAGAACCUGCGACUAUUGCAGGACCGUGGAAUAUUUUCAGGACGCGUGCGUUAUUUUCAGUUCGUCGAUAAUCGAUCACGCCUCACUUUUACGCAACGUGAAUCAAUACACGGCGGAGUUCUCGAAUCAUUCCUUCGGAAGCAACAAUUAUUGUUAAAAGAAGAAAAAGAGAGAGAAAGAUGUAUGUAAGGAGAGGAGGAAGAAGAGAGCAAAGCACUCCGUGAGUAGCAAAAAAGAAAUGGCAGAGGAAAUACUGGACACAAUGAUAAUAUUAAUAUUAAUAAUAAUGAUAAAUAAUUAUUAUAAUUAUAAUUAUUAUAUAAUACCGAAUCAUUACCAUAAUUUAUAUACCUAAUGAGAAAACUGCAUGUCAGAGUGAUGCAUGGAGCAAACCAAAUACCUUGUAAGUAAAAAAAAAACUUUAGAAAGAAAUAAAAGUAAUGCUUUCAGUC